UCCUGAAGGCAUCACGACACAAACGCUCAGAAAAGUUCGGUUCUGUUCGACACUUCGGUUCCACUUCCGUCUCAAAUCGAACUUUAAAGCAGGAGUUUUAUUCUCUCUGAGCUGCGGUCGUCAUGGCGUCCACGUCUGUCACCACGGUGGGCGGAGUCAUGAUCAUCACUCAGGUCAUCCCCAAAGACGACGGCUCCAUCCCGCUCCAGACUGCUGCGGGCCCUGCGACGCAGGCUCCGCCCCCCACAGCGGUGGCCCCGCCCCCUGCCUCCAAGACGAGCAGCAAGGCGGAGAUGUUCCUGCGGGGGGAGCAGCAGGGCCUCGGGGUGGUCCAGGUCCUGGUGGGCAUCAUGUGCCUCCUGUUCGCUCUGACCGCCCUCUACUCACCGCCGCUGAUCGUCUACGCCCCGUUUGGCCUCGGCGUCCUCUUUGUGGUUUCUGGCUCUGCAGCCCUGGCAGCAGGACGACGCCCCACAACCAGACGGCCCCCACCACUAGCCCUGCCCCCACCACCUUCUGGUGGAACAGACCCAGACGCCGGUACCCCGCCCCGAUCAGGUCCAGGUGUCCCGAGCUGCUGUUCCGGAUCAACGUGGUUCUGUACGGACUCCAGGGCCUCUUCCUGGUUCUGCUGGUCCUGCAGGUCUGCGUGUCCGUCACCGUCUGCGUUCUGUCCGGAAAGAUCCUGAAGCGCCGCAAGAAUUACUCCCCGAUGGCGGCGGGGCCAGACUGCAGCUCUCUGCUGCCUCCUGGAUCACCUGAGGUCAGCCACCAGGACCGGCCCGGUUCUGAGACCCCCUGAGACCCAUCAACAAGAAACUUUCAUUUUGUUUUUUUCACUUCUGGGUUUUCUGUUUCUCUGACACUUCAAAAAAAACUCAUUAUUUUGGGAGAAAAGAUGUUUUCAGAGGUAAACGUCUGUAAAACUGUUUAAACUUCAAACAUUAAAACUUUCAGUGUUUUGAUCAAAA